AAAACAACUUUAAGUUUUUAACUGCAGCGUAUGAUUUGGUCAGCGUCGUGGUUGAGGUUGUCGUUAACUCAAUCUAACAUCAGGCGACGUUUUCUUUGGGGGAAAAUAUAUUGAUUUUCAAGCACAUCUACGUCUCUUCUCCGCCACGUUUCAACAUCUUGCCACUUGUCGGAGGACAAAGGGGAAACAGGCUCGUCGCCGACCGCGUUAAAAAUGACGAAGAAGUUCUAUUCUCUGACCACUUUUCUUUUCUCGAGCAGCUUCACUUGGUGUCGUGUCAGAGGAGGAGAACGUCCUUCAUCUCUUCAAGCAUUUCCGUCUCUCGGGGCCUCGCGGACGCUUCACUACUGAGUAAAAAGGCCUUGAGUAAAAACAUCGGUCAGACGAGUAGAAUGAAGCCUGAAUGUUUCUGUUCAAUGAACGCUUUGUGUGAAAGCGUGUGUUUUUCCCACUGAGGUCCACUUCACAGGGAUGUUGAAGAUGAAGCUGCUCUUCUUCCUCAAUGGACGUGGGACCGCGUGGGAGUGGGCGACCGGCGCGUGGCGGUGACUCACGCACGUGGACCUGAAGCCUGAGAGGAGCGAUGAUGGUGAUGAGUGGGAGAUGAAGCGCCGCUGAAUGGAAGCUGGAGCUCAGCUGUGACGAGCCGCGUCAUGUUUCCCCGCCGUCCCUGAACGCAGCACCGCCCCCCUCCAGCCGGAGUCCGCCCCUGCGCCGCGCGGGGAGCCGGUGUGGGCGCAGCGGAGGACUGUCCCUAUAAAAGCAGGGAUCCCACGGUCGGAAGAGCUCGUCUCUCCCUCGGACAGACACGAGGCGCGGCUUUAAUCUCCAGGAACCCCCCCACCCCCACCAGCACCACCAGCACCAUCAGCACCACCAGCACCAGCCUCAUCCAGGAGGAAAACAUCUUCCGUCGUAUGGUUCUGACUGACACUCCGACCAGGAUGUCCCGGACCGACGAGGUGCACCGUAUCACGGAGAAUGUCUACAAGUCCAUCAUGGAGCAGUUCAACCCCUGCUUGCGGAACUUCAUCGCCAUGGGGAAAAGCUACGAGAAGGCGCUCACCAGUGUCACAUAUGCUGCAAAGGGCUACUUCGACGCUCUGGUGCGGAUGGGCGAGAUGGCCAGCGAAAGUCAAGGCUCUAAGGAUCUCGGGGAGGUUCUCUUUCAGAUGGCUGAAGUGCACCGACAGAUCCAGAUCCAGCUCGAGGAGAUGCUGAAGUCUUUCCACAACGAGCUGCUCACGGAGCUGGAGAAGAAGGUGGAGCUGGAUGCACGAUACCUGAACGCCGCGCUCAAGAAGUACCAGACGGAGCACAAGGGCAAAGGCGAGAGUCUGGAGAAGUGCCAGGCGGAGCUGAAGAAGCUGCGCCGAAAGAGCCAGGGCAGCAAGCACCCGUCCAAGUACGGAGACAAGGAGAUGCAGUACGUUGAGGCCAUCAGCAACAAGCAGAGCGACCUGGACAGCUACAUCGCCGAGGGCUACAAGAACGCGCUGUCGGAGGAGAGGAGGCGCUACUGCUUCCUGGUGGACCGGCAGUGUGCGGUGGCCAAGAACGGCAGCGUCUACCACAGCAAGGGGAAGGAGCUCCUGUCUCAGAAGAUCCCCAUGUGGCAGCAGGCCUGCGCCGAGCCCAACAAACUGCCGGACCGCGCCAUGUUUCUGGCUCAGCAGAUGAGCGGCGCGAUGGGCGGCGCGGCCCCCGCUGCUCUUCACCCAGGCAUGUCCAUCUCCGAGUCCGCCCCCGGUGCUAAAGCCCUGCCCGUGCCCCCGGAGCUGGCAGCGUUCAGGGCCGCCAGCGGGGCGAUGGCACAGCAGAGGCUGAUGGGAGCCGUGGAGGGGGGGAUGCCCGUGAUGAACGGCACGGGCGGCGCCCACGGAGGAGAGGACUACCAACAGUGGAUGGAGGGAAAAGUGGCCCAGAGCAAAGCUUCGCCCGGGACCCAGCGGCACGGAGGGGAGGUCUACUCCAACACCCUGCCCGUGCGCAAGGCCGCCCCGGCCAAGAGCAAGACCACGCUGAUGGAGACUCGCACUCUGCCGCGGUCCAGCUCCAUGGCUGCGGGGCUGGAGAGGAACGGGAGGACCCGCGUCCAGGCCGUCUUCUCCCACACCGCCGGCGACAACGGCACCCUGCUCAGCUUCUCUGAGGGCGACGUCAUCACCCUGCUGGUCCCCGAGGCGCGCGACGGGUGGCACUACGGCGAGAACGAGAAGACGAGGAUGCGCGGCUGGUUCCCCUUCUCCUACACCAGGGUGAUCGCCGACGCCGACGGCGACUCCGUGAGGCAGCUUCGAGUACACAACCUCCACCACGGGAAGAGCAGCAGCACGGGAAACCUCCUGGAGAGAGAAGACGCGGCUCUGCCCGCGCCCGAUUACGGCGUCCACUCCCGCAUGGCGGCGCCGGGCGCUGCGGCGCUGCACGGCAGACAACAGCGCCCCUACAGCGUGGCAGUGCCGGGCUUCUCGCAGACGAGGACUUGCGACCCCACAGUUGUUCUUAGGGUUCAGAGAAGGGACGUAACAAAGGAGGAGUCAGGCAACAAGCAAAAGAAAAGGCAAGGAGUUGAAGAGUACGAGCCGCGCUUCCCCAGCAGCGACGACCCACCGAGCGAGCCGGCCGUGGAGGCCCCGGCCCGACCCCCCCUGUCUGAUGAUAAUGAGGAUGAUGAGGAUGAAGUUGAGGACGACCAGCUGGAGGAAGAUCACUACGACUCCUUGGAGAAGACCUGGACUCUGCCGGAGGACAUCUGACCUCUGACCUCUGUGUCGGUGGAACCUCCCCCACGGCUGCAAAAGCUCUGACUCGACCCCGGUUAUUCCACAGAGCGACUAACAGAAUCACUACAAUCACACACUUACAGUUGUCUCCGUAUUAUUGGGAGAUGAUGUUAAUAAAAAUCUAGAACUGAUUAAUAAACACAGAUCAACAGAACAAGUCAGAACAAGGGCUUUAAUGUUCCACCUUUUUCGUUCCUCUCAGGUGUUAUUACUUCCUAAUUAAAGGGCGAGCGAGAUUAUGACUCAAGUCCGUCACGACAAUCUAAAGAUCAAAAUCAGAUUAUUCAGCAAGACGACAAAGAGACGAGAUGAAAUUGAAACGCACCAGAGAAGAAACAAAACAGAAAAUCAGCGCGUGUGGAGUCUCCGGAGCGAUGGCAUCAACUCAUAGUUCAGUCCCGUAGCUUCACCCACAACAAAUCCUGCAUUCUGAAAUAUUAUAAGUCACAAGCACCUGCAGAAAUCUCAUUGAUUCGUGUUUGAUUCACGUUGUUCUUUGUGAACGAGCAUCUGUUGAAGUUCUUCACGUUAGUGCGACGUUUCUUUAACAGAGAAAUAUUCAAUGAUACGAUCGACAGAUGAGACACUUUGUGAUUAUUGUCUUUUUUUGAUCACGUAUGAGAAAACUGGACUGUGACGAGAGAGAAAAUCAAGGUUAGACUAAUACAGUUCGUUAUGACGCUGACCUCAUAUUGUUCUUUAUUAAAAAUCAAAGUAAUUUUCUUUCUUUAUUUGCACCAGUUUCUGAAGUUGUCUUUCCUGGAGACGUGGAGUUACUGUGGAGAAUCCUCAGUUCUCACUGAUAACACCUUCUAAUGAAAACUCUAGUCCCUGAGGUCUUUGAAUUAAAUCCUGUCAAAUGUAAUUAUUAUUACACUUUGAGAACCACAGAUGAAUUUGCAUUCACCUUAAUCGCUGCAGGGGCGGAGCUACAGGGGAAGUCAGAGCCGUGCAGUUCGUCUCAGCACCUGGACACUUCGCUAAUAUAGGUGAGUGAGGAAGAAGUCGAUUUUAAUUCUUCCUCCAUUAUGUUUCGUUAAACGUACAGCUGAGUUCCAAGAGUUUAACCUGUGGCGGAGAAUCAUCUGUCAGAGACAUGAAUCCAUAAAUGUUGCUCUUGAAACGGACGAGACUCGACACUGAAUCUUUCUCUUUUUUUUGUGAUGUAAUAGCAAACAAUUUAAUUCUGAGAAUAAAGAAUCAAGUAUUUACCCACA